CCCGAACCAAACCGAACCGAACCAUUUUCUCUGCCACUCAAUUCUCCACUCAACUCUCACAGUUCCUCGUUUUCCUCCCCCUGCUCUGCUGCUGCCCCCCUUAUCACAAUUCUCAAUCCGCACUGUUCUCUACUUCUCUCGAUCGAGUAAGAACCCUAAACACUAAUUCAUCCCAUCCUGUUCGUCGUCAUCGCCUUCCUCAGCCUAGUAGCUGCCGGAUCGCCUUCCUCGCUUCGUGUCUUUUUGGGAGCCCCACUGUAAUCGAUUCUUUCUUCGCCGCAUCGUCUUCCUUGUCGACGUCGCCACACAACUCGCGUUGGUCCUCGCCGGCCUGCCUCGUCCUCGCCGUCGCCGGCUUAUCCUCAUCCUUGCCCGUGCUUGUCAUUGCUGAUCCCGCAGUUAACUCGCACUCUUGCCAUUUCUACCAGUCAUCCAUAUACAUCUUUCUUAAUACGAAUUCCCUGCUUCUCCGGGGAAGAGCCGGCUGCCACACGAUUUGACGAUACCCGAUCGCUAGGCCUACUUGAGGCGAUCUCUUCCCUUCCUUGCGCAAUUCCAUGGAUAUGGAAUCAGUGAUGGAGUUUCUAGGCGGCGUGCCUUUGCUGCAGCGGUUGCCCAGUUCUUCGCUCAAGAGAAUUGCUCAGCUUGUCACGCCUCGGCACUAUGAUAAAGGGCAGUAUGUUAUUCGUGAGGGCGAAGUCGGAGAAGGUGUCUAUUUUAUAUGGGAAGGGGAGGCUGAAGUUGAUGGAUCAGUGCAUACUGAGGAAGAAAACCGUCCUGAAUUUCAAUUGAAACGAUUUGAUUACUUUGGCAAUGGUUUGUCCGUCUCAGUCCAGCAAGUAGAUGUGAUCGCUUUGACCAAGCUCACCUGCUUAGUGCUGCCCUACGAACAUUGCAGUUUGCUGCAAACAAAAUCGAUAUGGAGAGCAGAUGAGACUCAUGAUUCGUGCUCCCUUGUAGAGCGUAUACUGCACUUGGAUUCAAUAGAAGUGAAUCUGUUCCAAGGAAUAACCUUGCCAGAGGCCCCCAAGUUCGGAAAGGUAUUUGGAGGUCAGUUUGUUGGACAGGCACUAGCAGCAGCGUCGAAAACUGUGGAUUGCCUGAAGAUUGUACACAGCUUACAUUCUUAUUUCCUUCUUGUUGGGGAUUUUGACAUGCCAAUUCUGUACCAAGUUCACCGCGUUCGUGAUGGGAAAAGCUUUGCUACUCGCAGAGUUGAUGCAAUACAAAAGGGAAAUGUUGUGUUCACGUUACUCGCGUCAUUUCAGAAAGAAGAAACCGGAUUCAAGCACCAGGAAGUUGCAAUGCCAUCUGUGCCAGAUCCAGAGAUGCUCUUGUCAUUGGAACAGUUGCGUGAUAAGCGUUUAACUGAUCCUCGCCUCCCUAGAAGCUAUAGAAACAAGGUAGCUGCUAAAGAAUUUGUCCCUUGGCCAAUAGAGAUUAGGUUCUGCGAGCCUAGCACCCGUACCAAUCAGACCAAGUCUCCUCCAAGCUUGAAGUACUGGUUCAGAGCAAAAGGAAAGCUUUCAGAUGAUCAAGCUUUGCAAAGGCAAGUUACUCCUUUCAACCUCAACCCGAGCUCAAUGAAACCUAGAAACCUUGCUAUGUGUGUAGCAGCAUUUGCUUCAGAUCUCAUCUUUCUUCAAGUUAGUUUGAACCCUCAUCGCUAUAGGGGUUUGAAGGCAUCCGCUGUUAGUCUGGAUCACUCGAUGUGGUUCCAUAGACCUUUCAGAGCCGACGAUUGGAUAUUGUUUGUGGUAAGUGGUCACAGGGUCAUCUCAGUUCAGAUGGUCCCAUGCAACAACCAGAAGUUAACAUUUCAAGUGUUUGUCUUGCAGAUCAAGAGCCCCGCUGCCUCCAAUGCACGCGGCUUUGUGUCAGGAGAUAUGUUCACUAAAGGGGGAGAGCACAUUGUGUCGCUAACGCAAGAGGGCCUGCUUCGGAAGUAUAUGCCACCAAAUCCAGCCACGGGCUCAAAGCUUUGAGUUAGAAGUUGUAGCGUGAUGAUUCAGACGAACUCAUAUAGAAAGACGAGGCGCCCUAUACUGGUGGUUUGGUCAUUGUGGGUUUAGCCACAGUUCUCCAGUUUGUCUCAGGGUUGGGAGUGUUGCUAUGUAAUUUGCCGGUUGAGUUGCCUAUACAUGUAUUAUUCUGGGGAAUGUUGCAUUGCACUCCUUGUGCUUUCUUGUGCCCCAGCCACUGACAGUUUUGAAUGACGGUGUCAUAAAAUAUAAUAAUCUCUCUAGUGUUUGUAAUUUAAAUUAAUGUUUUAGAAAGCUUACCUUACUGUCCGGUUGAAACUGUUUUAGCAGGUGAAACUGUUUAACCAUGGUUUUAGUACGAAAUAUCUUACAACUGAA